UCUUAUGAACCCAGGAUGGGCAGCAAGGAAGAUGUGGGGAAGGGAUGUCCGGCGGCCGGUGGCGUCUCCAGCUUCACCAUCCAGUCCAUCCUGGGCGGGGGCCCCUCCGAGGCACCGCGCGAGUCCGCCGGGUGGCCAGCUAGGAAACGCAGCCUGUCUGUGUCCUCGGAGGAGGAGGAGCCGGAGGAAGGCUGGAAGGCUCCGGCUUGCUUCUGCCCAGGUCCGCACGGCCCCAAGGAGCCAAGCCCUAAGCACCAUCCCCCCAUCCCUUUCCCUUGCCUGGGUACCCCCAAGGGCAGCGGCGGCGCGGGGCCUGCGGGCUCGGAGCGCGCGCCUUUCCUUUCUCCUUCCCACCCGGACUUUAAGGAGGAGAAGGACAGGCUCCUGCCGGCAGGCUCGCCUUCUCCGGGCCCGGAGCGGCCGCGGGACGGCGGCGCGGAGCGGCAGGCCGGGGUGGCCAAGAAGAAGACGCGCACCGUCUUCUCGCGCAGCCAGGUCUACCAGCUCGAGUCCACCUUCGACAUGAAGCGCUACCUGAGCAGCUCGGAGCGCGCCUGCCUGGCCUCCAGCCUGCAGCUCACCGAGACCCAGGUCAAGACUUGGUUCCAGAACCGCCGCAACAAGUGGAAGCGGCAGCUCUCGGCCGAGCUGGAGGCGGCCAACAUGGCCCACGCGUCGGCGCAGACUCUCGUGGGCAUGCCGCUGGUGUUCCGGGACAGUUCGCUGCUGCGGGUGCCCGUGCCGCGCUCGCUCGCCUUCCCGGCUCCGCUCUACUACCCGGGCAGCAACCUCUCGGCCUUACCGCUCUACAACCUCUACAACAAGCUCGACUACUGAC